AUGGAUUUAGAGUGGUUGCAGGAGUGUCUGAAUGGUGAAUUUGUGAGGGUUGGUCCUAACCACAAGUUUACUCCAAUUGCAGGAUGUCAUUGGUUCGAUGGAGAUGGAAUGAUUCAUGGUAUGCACAUAAAAGAUGGAAAAGCAACAUAUGUUUCGCGUUAUGUGAAGACAUCUCGUUUUAAACAAGAAGAGUUUUUUGGCAGAGCUAUGUUUAUGAAGAUUGGAGACCUGAAAGGGGUGUUUGGAUUGCUCAUGGUUAACAUGCAAAUGCUCAGAGAAAAACUAAAUGUAUUAGAUAUGUCCUAUGGGAAUGGUACAGCUAAUACAGCUCUAGUAUAUCACCAUGGAAAGCUUUUGGCACUUAGCGAGGCAGAUAAACCAUAUGCCAUUAAAGUUUUGGAAGAUGGAGAUCUGCAAACUAUCGGCUUGCUGGACUAUGAUAAAAGACUGGCACAUUCUUUUACUGCUCAUCCUAAGGUUGAUCCAUUCACCGGAGAAAUGUUUACCUUUGGCUAUUCACAUACACCACCAUAUGUAACAUACAGAGUUAUAUCGAAGGAUGGAGCAAUGAAUGAUCCAGUUCCAAUAACAGUAUCAGGCCCAAUCAUGAUGCAUGAUUUUGCAAUUACUGAAAACUAUGCAAUUUUUAUGGACCUCCCGUUAUACUUUAAGCCAAAGGAUCUAUUAUCGGGGAAGACGAUUGGCAGUGCUAAAGAAUGUGAGGGACUUUACUACUUUGACGAGACGGAUGAAAUGGUGAAGGAUAAAAAGUUUAUUUUCAGCUUUGAUGCUACACAGAAAGCUCGUUUUGGCAUACUUCCGCGGUAUGCAAAAAAUGAACUCCUAAUCAAAUGGUUUGAGCUUCCAAAUUGCUUCAUAUUCCAUAAUGCAAAUGCUUGGGAGGAAGGAGAUGAAGUUGUUCUUAUCACUUGUCGCAUUGAGAAUCCAGAUCUUGAUAUGGUUAAUGGCGCCGUUAAAGAAAAGCUUGAGAAUCUCAAAAACGAACUGUAUGAGAUGAGGUUCAACCUCAAAAAUGGUCUGGCUUCACAGAAAAAAUUAUCUGUAUCUGCUGUAGAUUUUCCAAGGGUGAACGAAAGUUAUACUACGAGGAAACAGCGAUACGUAUAUGGAACAACACUGGACAAGAUUGCCAAGGUAACUGGGAUUAUCAAGUUCGAUUUGCAUGCAGAACCAGAGACUGGAAAAGAAAACUUAGAAGUUGGAGGAAAUGUUAAAGGUAUCUUUGAUCUGGGACCUGGACGAUUUGGUUCAGAGGCUGUCUUUGUUCCCCGGCAUCCUGGUACUACAUCUGAAGAAGACGAUGGCUACUUGAUUUUCUUUGUACACGAUGAGAACACUGGAAAGUCGGCAGUGAGCAUAAUUGAUGCAAAAACGAUGUCACCUGAUCCUGUUGCCAUUGUUGAAUUGCCCAAGAGAGUUCCAUACGGAUUUCAUGCUUUGUUCGUGACAGAGGUAAAUUUUAUCCAUUUUUAUUUCUUUUUUGUUUCCUUUUGUGUAUUCUUCUAGUUAAAAACACCGACAGAUAAACGAAGCUAGAAUGCAAAUCGU